UCGGGCAAUGGGAAUGAGCGCAGCAGCUGCCGGACGGCUUAAUGCAGAAGAGCCUAUUACUUAAGCGGACGGAGCUCUUCCUCCCAACGCCUAGACUAAACAUCGAGCUUUUCUUCGACGGCACGGGCAAUCUUGUUAGUCUUCAAGAACGAGCGAUUUAUAUAUUUAGUUGAAUGGAUAGACUUUGGAUUUCGACUGUUGAUUCUACCGUCUCUUCCCAAUAUAUUAAUUAUAAGGAAUUCAUUCGGCAAAAUGAGGAUUUAAAUGCUAUGACCAAGUUAUAUAUAGAUAUCAUCGCACCGAAGAUAAUGAUCGAAAUCGACACCAUCGGUAAAAAGAUAUGCGAUUCUCUCUCUGUCAUCCACCAUAUUCAUGAUAGUUCGAACUUUAGAAAAAUGAAGAGGAGGGAGCUGGACCGAGUUAUCACAGACGCCUAUCAUGAGCAGGAUAAACUCAUGUGUUUCAUCACUAAAUCCGCACCUAAAGAACUACUUGAUGCAGCUUCGGAGACGACGCACAUACUCCCUCGACUGAAGGACAAUAUCUCAGAGCGGCAGAAGUCAAUCAACCUGCGGCGUUCAAUCUGCAUCGGCUUCAUCACGUUCAUGGCUUUUGUUAUGUUGAUUUUUUCUAUCUGGUUUGUAUGCGUCAAGGUAGCUAAAGUGGCUGGCGUCGUGACUGGCAUAUUUGCAACGGGGAUUUUAACCUUGGAGCCGUUCGCUAGUACAGCAUUGAGGCAGAAGCAGCAGAAAUUGAAUGAGGAGAAGAAAGUGAUCGAUACGAUGGAGCACGGAGUAAAGUUUAUGCUGUUCCAUUUUAAAAAUUUGUACGAGGAGAUGCAUGACUAUUUGGCGUCUCAAAAGGUUGAGUUUCAAGUAAUGUCGGAACAACAUGUGGGGGAAGAGGCAUUGCUACGAGUUAAAAUGCUAGGUGCGGUAAGGUUGACAGCGUUCGACAUGAAACGCUACAAGCGUAAGAUCAACCAAUACGGCGACGAGGUCCAAAUGCUAAAGAUGACUUUCUUGGAUAUGAUAAAAGAAAAUUAAGUUGUGGUUGUAUUGUAAAAAAAUAUGUCCAUUUUAAUCUUACUUUUACUUUUAUGUUCCUGUUAUCUUCUAGUAGGUUACUUUUA